AGCCGGCCGCGCGUUGCCCGGCAGCCGCUCGGAGGCUCCGAGGGGGCGGAGCGGCCCGGCCCCGGUUCCGGCCCCCGCUCGCCGCUCGCCGCUCGCUGCGCGCCGCCGGGGCGCCCCGUCCCCCGAGCCCCGCGCCGCCCGGGCCGAGCGCGCCGAGCCGAGCCGGGCCGGGGCGCGGCCGGGACCCGGGGCCAUGGAGCCGCCGCCCGCUCUCCUCGCGCGCCGCCGCCCCCGGCUGCUGCUCCCCGGCCUGUGGCUGCUGCUGCUGCUGGCCCGGCCGGCCUCGUGCGUCCCAGAUGAGCUCUCCGCGGUACAGCACAACCUGUCUUUAUCCUCUGAGGAGUUCCUGCCAGAGAUGAGCACGGCGUUCAGCGCUGCACAUGUGGCCUUAACAGAGACUGCUCCAGGGUCCCUGCCCAGCAGGUCUCUCCUUGUCAUAUCCUCUCCAUCUGCCACUAUGUUUGAUACGACUUUUUUACACCAUGGGGACCAGACUCCAAGUACAGUGGAUCAUAGCAUCUUUGUGGCUAAUUACGGAUCAGUGACAAGUAACGAGGUGGCUGUUGGUGAUGAUGACAUGGAUAACUUUUUGCCAGAUGCCUACUGGACCUCUUCACGGUUGGUUUCCCCUGUGCCCUACAUCACAGCCAGCACACUGGGGCUGCCCUUAGAAAUGCCCGAGCCUCUGCCCACGCCAUUGCUACCUACAGUUUCUGUGCAACAGGAAGAGAUGAUGUUGACCUGGGAAAACACAGUGCAACAACCAUUGGCAUAUGUGGAGUCCCCUGGUCAUUUCAGCACUUUGUGGUCGGCUUUUUCCACCUCCAAGGGCAUAAUUCCAACUCCUAGUAGGAACCUGGUGCUUUAUCCUACAGAAACUCACAGCCAGUCAUCAAGUGCGAUGCCACUAGAGGCCAUGGAAUCAGUAACAGAGGAUCUGGAGUCCCUUGUGCUCAGCUCCUGGUCUCUGGUGUCUCCACUGUCAGGUGGUGGCCUGACUCCACAGCCAUCUGUCCCUUUGGGGGAAGCCUCCAAGCCCCUAGGUGAUGCUCUGACCACAACCACAGAGGGAGACCCAGCUGUGACCACUGCUUCGAGUCAACCCCUAGAGGAAGCCAUCUCUCCCGGACCAUCCCCCUCCGUCACCAUGUCUCACACAGCCCUGGCUUUUGGCAGUGUGCAUUCUGCUUUGUUUGCAACCUCUCCUGCUUCUGCCUCCUUUUCUGCUCAAUCAGCUGAUGCUUCCUCUCUCCCCUUCCUUCCCAGCAGAGUCAGUGAAGCAUCAGAAUUCCCUCCCCCUUCUCUGGCCCCCAGUUGUAUGGGUGGCCAGAGUCCACUGUCCUCCCCCAGACCAUAUACCUGGUGUGCGUCCUGUGCUGUGGCCUCACCACGGCCUGUUCCGGCCUCGAGCCUUGUGGAGGGAAACAUGGGGUCAGGGGAUGGGCCUGAGACCCUAUUGGUGGCCACAUUGCAAGUGAGCAGCCCCUCUCCAUGGAGCAGCGUGGGCAUGGACUUCUCUGAUUUUGAGGAAGAUCCUCAAGAAUUUAAUACGCUUUUCCCCCCUAGACCUGUUGUCUUGCUUUCUUCCAGACCUGUGAGGGUCUCAGAAGCAAGCAGCAGUCUGUCAGCUGAGGUAGAUGUGAGCAGCAUUGCCACCACCUGGGAAUCCCUUUCCCACAGCUACCUGACUGCGCACGUGUCACCCCUUCCUGCCUCCGUCUCCUCUUCCAUGGAUGGUCAGGCCAUGCGGUCCGUGGUGACUGCUGAGUUCUCCUCAGUGUUUGCCAGCGUCUCCCCUGACUAUUCUUCCUCUGUCAUGGCCGACCAAACGCCCUCAUCACUUGCCACCACAGACCAAAAUCUCGCCACCUCCGACAGCUGGGCUCCGUCAGUAGAGUCUUCCCUUCUCUCUGCCCACGUCCCUGCCCAUAGUUUUGAACAUGAACCUGGGAGUCUUUUGGGUUUUGCAUCCACCUUGUACUCGGUUCCCCCGCUGGAAUUCAGCAGCCUGGUCCCUUCAUCUUCAGAAGUGCUUGCUCUUUCCUCUCUGACGCCAAGGGACCUGUCACCCUUCACAUCCCAGCCCUUCUCCUCCUCGGCAGGGACAUUUGAGUUGUCUGACUCUGUCAUCUGGCAAUCACCUCAGCUUCCUGCCACCCAGUCCAUGAACUUUGAGUUUUCUCAGCUCUUGCCAAGUUCAGACCUUUCUUUAAAAACAGCCGCUUUUCUACCUGGUCACUCCGAAAUGUCACCAUUUUCAAGCUUCCCCUCGGAGUCUCUCAAGUUUGCUGAAGCCUUCACGGUUUCCUCGUUGGAUUCUGAAGCUCAUCUUACCUCAGCUUUCACGGAAACUACCUCCAGUUUGGGGUUUUCAUUCAUUCCCCAUGAAUCUUCAGUCACCACACUGGUGCCCGCUGGCUCGGAGCCCACCCUGGAAGUCUUGAGUGCUGGGACUCCUUUCCUGUCACCAUCAACCACUUUCUAUUCAACGCUUGUGCUAACCGAGUCUUCUCUGUCCUUAGCUCCGACUCCUGCUGAUGACUUCAUCAGAGGUACCGGUGACCACAACACUGUCUUACCCUCUUUGUCCACAGUCAUUUUGACCAGUACAGCCUCGGACACCAACGUAUACCUGUCCUCGGCACCCUCACUUGUCUCGGAAUUGAGCCCCUCACUUGUGCCCACAGUGAGUCCCUCACUUGUGCCCACAGUGAGCCCCUCACUUGUGCCCACAGAACCAGCCGCUGUGGGUCCCUCCUCGGCACCCACAGAUUCACCGUGGAAUACCUCCCCUGAGCCAAACACAUCUAGCGCUGGUGACACUGUGGAUGGAGCCCUCGGUGGCCACACUGCAAGUCAGGGUCCCCUGGGGAGCAGCGCAGUGCCUCCCCUGCCAUCUUUCCACCCUGUGAGCACUGCCACCCUCGAAAUGACAGUUGGUACUCCAGCGCUGGUCACCACUAAGCCACCAUACGUGUGUGACAUUACAGUCCCUGAUGCCUAUCUGAUCACAACUGUGCUGGCCAGAAGAGCUGUCCAGGAGUACAUCAUCACAGCCAUCAAAGAGGUGCUGAAGGUGCAUUUCAGACGUGCCGUGGAGCUGCAGGUUUAUGAACUUUUCACUGACUUCACUUUUCUGGUAACAUCUGGUCCUUUCGUGUACACGGCAAUAUCAGUCAUCAAUGUCCUCAUCAACAGCAAACUCGUGCGGGACCAAACUCCUUUAAUCCUGUCUGUGAAGCCUUCAUUCCUGGUGCCUGAGUCUAGGUUCCAAGUUCAGACAGUACUUCAGUUUGUGCCUCCGAGUGUGGAUACCGGUUUCUGCAACUUCACCCAGCGCCUGGAGAAAGGCCUGAUGACGGCUCUGUAUGAAGUGAGAAAGCACCAGCAGGGCACCUAUAACCUCACUGUGCAGGUCUUGAACGUCACAGUGGGCUCAAGGGCAGCCCCCCGGCGGGGCCCGGUCAAUGUGGUCUUCGCUGUUAGGAGUGCGCAGGGGUUUGUGAAUGGCUCGGAGGUGAGCGAGCUGCUCCGGAACCUGAGCGUGGUGGAGUUCAGCUUCUACCUGGGGUACCCAGUGCUGCAGAUCGCAGAACCCUUCCAGUACCCACAGCUCAACUUAUCUCAGCUGCUGAAGUCCUCUUGGGUCAGAACAGUCCUCCUGGGUGUUGUGGAGAAGCAGCUGCAGAGUGAGGUGUUUCAGGCGGAGAUGGAGCGCAAGCUGGCCCAGCUGCUCAGCGAGGUGCCAGCCCGGAGACGCGUGUGGAGGAGGGCCACGGUGGCCGCUGGCAACAGUGUGGUGCAGGUGGUGAAUGUGUCCAGGCUGGAGGGGGAGGACGAUCCCGUGCAGCUCAUCUACUUUGUGGAGGAUCAGGAUGGAGAGAGACUCAGCGCCGUCACAUCCUCUGACCUGAUUAACAAGAUUGACCUCCAGAGAGCAGCCAUUAUCUUGGGAUACCGGAUUCAAGGCGCCCUUGCUCAGCCCGUGGACAGGGUGAAGAGGCCAUCGCCGGAGUCCCAGAGCAACAACCUGUGGAUCAUCGUUGGCGUGGUCAUCCCAGUGCUGGUGGUGACGGUGAUCAUCGUCAUCUUGUACUGGAAACUGUGCCGCACGGACAAGCUGGACUUCCAGCCUGACACCGUGGCCAACAUUCAGCAGCGGCAGAAGCUACAGAUCCCUAGUGUAAAGGGCUUCGAUUUUGCCAAGCAGCAUCUGGGUCAGCACAAUAAAGAUGAUGUAUUGAUUAUUCAUGAACCAGCGCCACUGCCAGGACCUGUGAAGGACCAUACCACGCCCUCAGAAAAUGGAGACGUCCCAAGCCCCAAGUCCAAGAUCCCUUCUAAGAACAUCCGCCACAGAGGAAGAGUUUCCCCCUCCGAUGCGGACUCUACAGUCAGCGAGGAGUCCAGUGAGAGGGACUCGGGAGAUAAGGCGCCAGCAGCAGUCCCUGAGGGCAGGGCCCACCGCGCCCCACAGAGCGGCCCCCGGCUGCCCAGUUCCGGGGCAGAGCAGCAUUCCUCAGCCUCCAUUUUUGAGCACGUGGACAGGAUUUCCCGCUCCUCAGAGGCCAGCCGGCAGGUCCCGAGUAAGAUACAGCUCAUCGCCAUGCAGCCCAUCCCAGCGCCCCCGGUGCAGCACCCUAUCCUGACUGACCGAGUGGCAGAAACCAACAAAAUCAACAAAGAGAUCCAGACUGCUCUGCGGCACAAGUCGGAGAUCGAGCACCAUCGCAACAAGAUCCGCCUGCGUGCCAAGCGCCGUGGCCACUAUGAGUUCCCGGUGGUAGACGAGCUGUCCUCAGGUGACACCAAGGAGCGGCACCGUGUGUACCGCAGGGCGCAGAUGCAGAUUGAUAAGAUCCUGGACCCCACGGCCAGCGUGCCCUCUGUGUUCAUCGAGCCCAGGAAGAGCUCACGGAUAAAACGUUCCCCGAAGCCACGGCGGAAACACCAGGUCAACGGCUGUCCGGCAGAUGCUGAGAAGGACCGGCUCAUCACCACUGAUAGCGAUGGCACCUACAAGCGGCCGCCCGGCGUGCACAACUCGGCCUACAUGGGCUGCCCGUCGGAUCCCGACCUCCCGGCUGAUGUGCAGACGCCGCCGUCCUCCACCGAGCUGGCCCGGUACCCUGGCCUCCCCUUCCCAGCCUCGCAGUACAUCCCGCCGCAGCCGUCCAUCGAGGAGGCCCGCCAGACCAUGCACUCCCUGCUGGACGACGCCUUCGCCCUUGUGGCUCCCAGCAGCCAGCCCCCCAGUGCAGCAGGCCUGGCGGGCCUACCCCCGAACAGCAACCCUUCCCGGGAAGACAGAAGAGCCACCCAGUGGGGGUCCUUCUACAGCCCAGCACAGACGACCAGCAACCCCUGCAGCAGAUAUGAAGACUAUGGAAUGACUCCCCCAUCUGGUCCAUUGUCAAGGCCAGGCUUCGGCCCCGGUUUGCUGCCGUCCUCCGAGCUGGGGCCCCCUGAUGCUGCACAGCCACAAGCAGCUGCAGAAGCCCCGCUGGCUGCCCGUGGGGUCUACGCAGAGGAGAGGCCGUCGGUGGCCCGGCCUCGGCCCGUCGGGGGCACCGCAGGCUCCCAGAUCCAGCACCUGACACAGGUGGGAAUCGCUAGCAGAAUUGGGGCGCAGCCAGUGGAAAUCCCAGCUGUGAGAGGAGGCCAGUUCGGGGGCCCAGGCUGGGCUGCUUACGGGGAGGAUGAAGCAGGGCGGAGAGAGGCUCCCCACAUGCUUGGACAUCAAGAAUAUUCUUCUUCACCGCUGUUUCAGGUGCCAAGGACUUCGGGGAGGGAGCCCUCGGCUCCUCCUGGGAACGUAACCCACAGAGGGCUGCAGGGCCCUGGGUUGAGCUACCCCACCAGCUCCACAGAAGACCUCCAGCCGGGACAUUCCUCAGCUUCCCUCAUCAAAGCGAUCCGAGAGGAGCUGCUGCGGCUCUCCCAGAAACAGAGUGCCGUGCAGAAUUUCCACAGCUGAUUGACCCCGCCACGCAGGUUUGCCGGUAUCCGCUUCCCGUGGAAGCAAGACCAAGAGGAAUCGACCGAGCGGAUGUUUGUAAGAGGAACCGCAUCUCCCGGGCACACUGCCCGCUAAGAGGGAACAAGCUGCAAUUUUAGAUAUUGCCAUAACUCACAAGAUAGUUUUCUAGAUUGGCUAUUUGGUGACCACGCGGGUUCAAUGGAAAUAUAUGUAUUUUUGGCCAAAAGCCAGCAGCACUUCACAAAAAAGAAACACAAACCUAAGCUAACAAAAAUUACUAAGUUAGUCUCCUUUCAAAAGGCAAAAGAUUGAAAUGGGUAGAUGAUACGGGCAGAAGGGAACCAAGCUUCUCUGUGGGAUUCAGACUGACGUGUACGGUACACCUGCUGCUUUGUUCUUUGAGAAGAGAGAAUUGAAGACGAUUCAUUAACAGAUUGAUUUCCCUGUUUUCCUCCCUAGGAACUUAUUUUAAUAGUAAUAUUAACAACAAGAACACUAAGACUGUUGGGGAAUUUUAAAGAAGGCUACUAGAGAAAAACCAAAUGGUAGAUUGUAGAGCCUGAUGACUCCAGACAAAGCCAUCACCACAUUCUUCCUCCUCUUUUUCUGGUGCUAAAGCUCCCAGAACCCCUCACCUUUCUGUCUGCAAGAUGCACCUUUGGCUUUUACAAUGGAAGAAUAUGUUGGAGGUUUCACUUUGUUCUAGGAGAAAAGAAAAACAACUUCCAAAUUGGGGGGAGGUGGGGGAGCUAUUUAUUUGGUUAAUCAAAAUACAUAUCAAUGUUUAGAUUUGCAUUGUUAAUUGUAUUUGCUGUUUAUUAAUCGGGCAUGUCCAGUUCUAAGUGGAUCCCACUUCUGCACAAGUGAUUAAGGUUGGUCCCACAGAAUGAGGCUUUCAGGAGUUCUCCCUCUUAGAUCCUUGCACUUUGCUGAUGAGUGGCUCACACAUCGUGUCGAACGAGAAAUCUUAGGUAAGGAGACAUUGUUUCUGACAAAUUCUAGGACCAGCCAUUUGUUAUGGAUCCAUCUUAGUGGUCACAUUCCCUGUGUGCAAGACCUGGGAUUGGAACUGAGUCCAGUUCAGCCUCUGUCACAGAUCAAGAAGUGUAAAGAAGAGUUUUGAGACCACAAGAGAAAGGAAAGUUGCCCCUUAUGCUGAUUUUAUUGUGUUAUUACUUUGUUGAGUGACAUUAAAACUGUGCUGUGCACUUUGGGCCAGGGAGAGGUGGGUUGCCUCACCAAAAAUGUACCCCUGGACUCAUCAUUUCCCUUCUUCCCACAUUAUAAUUAGAAAGACAGCAGUGUUGUGUGUUCCAGUACCUGAGUGAAGCUCAAAGAAUGUUUGUGCGUGCAGAAGAGAUUCCUGCUAGGGGCCUCUCUUUAGCAGAUGAACUAAUACUUUUGGUUAAACAACAGGUAAUGAGGUAAAUUUGGGAUUCUGCCUAACCAAACUCUGUGUUUCUGCAAUAAAUUUUAGGAAGCUGGAGGCGGCUUGAACAGGUUUCCAGAAUGUAGUCAUUGGUUCCAGGGUCAUGCUGGUCAGUCCUGUGAUACAGACAUAGAAUCGCAGGACCAGGCAAAGUCCAUUCUGAGAAGUUGAAGAGUAGCCAGAAGCUCCCAUCAGGCUGUAUCCAGAGGUGCCAAAGUGCAUGGGAGAAAAGAACCUCUUUAAGGCUUGAUUUUUUACCUCUUGUUCUUGGUUUAAUACUUUACUGUUCCCAAAGUGGAGGAUCCUCUCUAUGUCACUUAGAAAGAUCAGGUUUCCUGAAUUGGUAUUAAGACUUUCACAUAUCCAAACAGAGUUUUAUGAUGGAUCACUUACAAUGAAUUCAGUUCCUGUGACACCAGAUGGAAUAAAUGGCCCUUUCUCUCCUGGUUCUGCUCCUUGUCAUAAGUGUUUUGCACGCAGAGCGUCCUAGAAGUGGUUACCUCCUUUGUGUGUUGCAGAAAUGGGUCUCUGCUGCAAAGGAUAUAACUGACUGCAGUUUUGAUGCCCUUCCAACUACCAUAAAGGACUCUACAUGUGUUUUUUUUUCUUAGAACCAGCACACCUUUAAACCAAUGUCAAGACCAAAGAUGACAUAAUAAACUGCUGCUGGUGAAUGGAGCAGCAUGAGCAGGCCCCCGUGGGAUCACCAGUGCUCUGUUGGUUGAAAAAAAAAAGAAAGAAAAAGCACACUUGAUUUGCACUUGUUUCCUCUGGACAUCCCCCAAAGCAGGUUGACCAGUCGCCAGACUCAGAAUGAGCUGGGUAUGGGGGCACACCAUGUUCAGUGGGUCUCCAGACACUUAGUGUGCUUGGCUUAAAAGAAAGGUCCUCCUGUCAGUCCUGUGUAGCUUUGGACUUCCACUGAUUGGAGCACUCUAAAAAUGUUAAAUUUUAGGUCUGUUCUUUUUUCCUGUUUUAGAAAUGAUAAUGGUAAAACAAACUAUAAAUUUGAGUUGGCAUUUUGCAGAAGAUUUUUUGGAGGACUCAUACCUCGCAGUCUACUUUGUCACUAAUCCACUGUGCCGAGUUCCUUCUCUGAACCUCAUUCUUCCUCAAGUAGACUUUCCCUGCACGCCUCCCAGAAGUGUUGGUUGUGAGAACCAGGUGUGAUCCUGUGUGCGCACAUCCCUGGAGGAGGGAGCUUAAAGCACUGUGAAAAUGUAACAUGCUUUCUGUGUGAGUGCCCUGGGAUGACCUGUGUAACAUGCUGUGACCUACCAAUGAGCGGGUUGCUACACAGGCAACCUGAGUGAAACAGAAAGUCCAGUGUCUCAUCUUCCUCAUUCCUGUUUUGUUUAAAGCUUUUCUCUUUCCUUCCGUGACUUUCAAAAAGCAUCUCAAGCAUCUUUCUGCUCUUGAUUUGCUGUUAUGUCAGGCUCCAAACAGGUUAACAAAUAUGAGCCCUGUCUUCUGAAAUCUUAGACUCCAACUAGAUAUCACAGAUGGGUAUAAAAGAUUGAGGAUACUGAUUUUAAAACAGUUUAAACAUCUGUAACAUUCAUUUGAAGCACACACCUAUCUUGGGCACUCAGAAGAAGUUAUGGCAGUUGCAUAUCUGAAAGUGCUGGGUUCUGUGGAGACAUGAACUGCAGAAGUCACCUGGAUGAAGAAAAGGAAGUUGCCCAGGGCUGUGGUGACAUGGCCUGGGACGGGCCCAGAGUGGGCUUGGGGGAGGGUGUGGAGAUUGGAAUAUGCUGUCACUGAAAAAUGAAUUUGAUUCAGAUCUGCUGUGGUGUGGGGGCAGCACGGGGAGCUUCAGAGGAGGGAGGAGCGUGGAAAGGAGCAUCUGCAGUGAUGCAGCACGUGAGUGACCAGGCUGGUAAGGGUCUGCACGGAAGGACUCCACCGUGGGGAGAAAAAGGAGUGUACUGAGAAUUGCUGCAAGUGUGGAGCAUAGUAGGCUAUAAAUAAAUACGUUUGGCUUCUUCACAGAUACCUACAGAUUUUCUUCCUAACUUUAUUUAAUUUCAAAAUACGUGUUGAUCUUGGUGGCAUGUGACUUUUAAGCUGUGUGUUUUUGACAGUCGGAUUUUUCAGGGUAUGAGGGUGUGACACAAACCAGAGGGUGAAAGUGUGCUUGGAAGGCUUUGGGUUAAAUGAUUCUCCUGUCUUGAGUCUCGUUUCCCAUAAGCAAGGCCAGUGUUUACCGUACUUGUGUGAUGCCUUCCCCUCUGCUCCAUUAAGCAAGCUGUCCCUGGUGCAGAUCUGCUUGGUUGGGCUUCCCAAGUUAAUCAUUAAGGGAGCCUUUUCUCCUGGGAUCUUAGAUGGGAAUGUACUUGCGGUGGAGAAGGAAGGCUGGUUGAGAUUCUGGGCUCAGGGCCAGGGGCUCUCCCAGUCUGAAGUCUCCCAUUAACUUUGGCUCUAGUGAAGUUUUCAGCAGGACAUUUCUACCUCCAGAGCAAAUCUUUAAACUUCAUCAGCAGAGUCUGCUCAUCCGCAUUUGGCCCAGGCAGAAGCACAAGGAAAAGCCAUCUCUGAACCAGCACAUGGGCCACCUGAGCACAAAUACAUUUCUUGGGCACAAUCCAUGGAACUUUGUUUUUACAUUGAAUCCAACACGCUACAGUCUUCUUGUAACAGUAGAAGGGUUUCUGUGGGCCACUGCUGCCACAUUUAUGAAAUGUUCAGGCUUACCCUUGUCACCUGAUGAACAAGGAGUAUGCCCAUUUCUGAUUUCUUUUACACUUUGGGAGGUGAUUGUUGCUAUUUAAACUAGGACACCUUUGUCUGCUAUUAAAAAGACUUGAAAGCUGAACCAUCAUGGUACAGUGCAAAUCCCAUGCUUCUGUGUGUAACGGUACACUUAACAAUUUAUGCUACAAACACACAGCAGUGUUGAAGUUAGAAGGAAUAUUAAUUGCCUUUGGGAGCAUGAAGUGGUUAGGGACCAGUGGGCAAAGCAAGAGAGCAAUGAAUAUCCUGGUCUGAUAAACUCCAGUCCAAACCAGUGUCCCACAGGGUAGAUAAUGAUCCAGGUUCCUUGCUUUGCCUUCUUUCCCCAGGGUUUUUGUGCUUUGGGAGUACUUUGCAUUUAAAGGAAGAGCAAGUAGGUCAAAAGGACUGAGCUGAAAAUCGGAAAAACUUGAAUCUACUGUCCCUGAUGAUGUAGACCCUUCUUCCCAGACUACCUGGCAUGGACUUUUCUCGUGCCCACUAGAUUUCAAGUAUUCCUAAGUUGUCUUCCCAGGGCCAAGUUCAAGCCAGACAUCCUGUUCUGUUCCUCCUACAGUGUAGGGAGAGAAGAGGAGGUGCUGGAAGAACUGAGAUGUGGUCAGUAACUCAGUGGCUUUAAGCACCGGGACUCAUUUCAAGGCGGAGUGAAAGCACUGUGACUUUGCCGUCUCCCAAAGCCCCUCGGGGAGCAUUAACAGGAGAGGUUGCUCCACAGAGCUGCUCAGGCUGGGGUGCUGACUCAUCCCCCUACCUUUUCAAUUCAAGGUCAUGUUUUUCUGAUUCUUCCUGCACCCUCCUUCCUAGAUGAUGACGAUUAAUGUACGAAACUGUGCAGAGCAAAUUGGAGCCGCCUGCGGCAUCAAUCCUGCAACCUGAACUUGACAAUCAUAGUUGGCUGGUUUCAAACGGGCACUUAAAUCUCAGUAUGGGUAUAUGAUUUAGUGAUCGAAGCCGCCCUUCUCUUUGUCAGUUAUGUUUCUACCCUCCAGUUAGCUGCACUGUUUUCUAAUGAGCUGUAGAGUUUUGGAAAUAAUUUAUGCAAGUGUUUGGUUUCCAUGUUUACAAUUUUUACAGCUUUCUUAGCAUUUUAAAUGGAAAUGUCAAUAAAUGCUAUGAAAUGGUGUCAA